UGGUUUACUUCGUCGCCAAGCUUGGAUAACGGGCUAUAUGGCUGCUUGGCAGCGACUUAACGACUGCUGCUACUGUCAGUUGAGUUUCGACAGUACGUGUAUACAGAGGUGCGUCUAACGUUGUGACCGUUACGUAGAAAUCUGAUUGUGAAACGCGCGUCUGUUUGUUUGUCUGUCUGUCUGGCCGCCUGCCUGCCUGUCUCACUGAAUGUCUAGUCUUGUUGUCGUUGUCGUUGUUGUCGACGUCGAUUUUCGCCUUUUUUGCCUUUCGCCUCUGCCAUAAAGGAAAACGCUCCGCUAAAGAACGCGCGCCCGUGUGCUUUUGAGUGUGUGCGACCACGUCAAGUUGUUUGUAGCCAGCAGCAAGCAACCACCCGCACGCGAGCGGCUAGCACAGCGUCAUUGUCGUCGUUGAUUUACUAACCGUGACAUCAUUUGCGCAGAAAGCAAACUCUUAUUUUUUUACAACAAAUUACAAAAAAAUUGCAAUCGCAAAAAUAUUAUACACGCAUAUACAUAAAAAGAAAAUAAAAUAAAUAUAAUAAAAUAAAAAUUUAGUGAAAAGCGACAAUUAUUUUUUAAAGCAAAUUUUACGCAAAAUAAAAAGCAAAAGAAAACAACACCAACUAAAUUAUCAGCAAUCAAAUAAAAUGCAACAUUUUCGAAGCUGAGGCAAGUUUUUUUAAGUGUUUAAGUGCGCACCGUUAAAAUACUCCAUUCGAUUUCAAUAAACGAGCGUCUAGCAAACAAUAAACGAAAACGCCUGAAAGUAGACAUUAAAGCUGCCAAAGAUGUUCUCCAUGUGUUCGAAAGUGAAGCCACGAAACUCAACAGCAACAGUGAAUACACAACAACCAACGGGCACGGUUGGGAAACAAAUUAAAGGAGGAUACUUGUUGCGUUACAAAAAGCAAUUGCUGUGGAAUCGUUGGGCCGAGGAAUGGGUAGUGCUGUAUGAUGAUUCAACAAUGGCUUGGUUUACGGAACCCGGUCGUUCAUCACCAGCUGGAAAAAUACUAGUCAAAGAAGCGCCCGAAAUGUUGGCCAUUGCACAUUGGACUGGGCAAAUACCACGACGUCCACCACUGCCCGAAGGCUGUAGUGUGUCACAGCUGAUUGCGUUGGGCUCGAGAAGAAAGCGCUCCAAAGUCUAUUGGAUGUUGGCCAAAUCAGAACAGGAAGUGAGCGAUUGGGUUGACGCCAUUACUAAGACGCUGCCGCCACCACCACAAAUCGAGCUCGUAGUUGACAAGCCGCAUCUUAUGAACGUUUUACGUCGCCCAUUGGUGCGCAUACGACCGGCCACUACGUCGGAGGUGAAACAGCGCAAAACUUCGGCGCAUCGAAGCAGCAGUAGUGCUCAUCCGGCGUUGGCCCAUCAUCGCACGUUCUACGUACAGGAUCCGCUGGUGAAGAGCGAUGCCGCCGUUGCCAUAUUGAGUAAAAAGCCCGAUUCGAAGCCGGCUUUGGCCUGCGCAUUGCCCUGGGGACACGGUUGGGGCUGGGCCACUUUGCCGAAUGGUGUGUGGAGUGGCGGUCUCACUUGGUCGCAGUGUGAGGACACUUUUACCCUACAUGCACUGCCCACCACGCACUGCACCAAUCUUGUGGACACGUCCUGUAGUGGCGCCGUCUAUCACACCGAUAUCGGCGGCUUCGAUUUUCAUUCGACUGGCGUCGAAGAUCUCGGCGGUGAGGACUUCGACUAUGCCAUGGAUUGUGGCGAUUUCAUAUUUUAAGCGAGAGCAAGAGAACUUCCAUAUAAAAUAAGCAUAGAGCGGACAGAGUGAACUCACAACAGGCAAUAGCGCGAAAGGAGCAUGAGUGGCAUUAAAGAGGAGGAAAAAAACGGAAGUAAAGAAUUUCAAAAAAAAAAAAAACAACAAAAACAUUUUAACUGAAAAAAUAUAACCACCCCACCCUAGAAACGAGUGCAAAGGCACUUGAACGCUUAUAAGUUAAAUAACAAAAACAAAAAGUAAAACAUAGUUUAAUAACAAGGGCUCACAUGAUAAGUAAAAUAAUAAUGGACUCACCUUCUAGUACUUUGGAAUAAAUUUUCACAUUUUCGCUGCACCCGAGUCUUGAACGAAGAAAAAACGAGCCAAACUGCAAAAGUAAAAACAAAAAAAUUAAAAGUAAAAAUAAAAAUAAAAAUAAAAGAAAAUCUAGAAAUAUUGAAUUAUAUAAAUGUUAACUAAUAUUACGGGUAAUACGAGAACGAAUUUUCAGUUGGGUUCUCAACUGCGUGACAAUUUCGAGUUUUUGCAUUUUAUAAACGCCUUCGUUUAAACGAAACGAACGGUGAGUGGAAUGGCAGAUUGGAUCAAAUUACUAGCCAAAAAAUAACAACAACAAAAAACCCAAAAACGCAAAUAAUAAAAAUUAAAGAAAACAACAACAACAACAACAAAUAUGAGUAUAUUCCAAUGGAUUUCAAAAGAUGCCAAAUUUUUGUAGGACGCCAGACAAAAACAGCGCAGCAGGGAAAACACUGACCCACAUUUAGGCGCCGGGUGCACCUAAGGGACGGGUAGCUGGGAAUUAGUAUUACUUAUGUGUAUAUUGUAGGGAUGUUUACACACACGACGUCGUCAAUAGUUGUAGUUGAAAUUUAACCAAUCAUAGCGCAUAUUAAAAAAAGAAAAACAAAGAGAAGCCAAAAAUAAAAAUAAUAAAAAAAUUUUGAAAAAAAAUAAAAAAGAAAAAUAGUAGUAAAUUGAAAAAAAAGAGAUUUAGCAUUUUCAGCUGAUAGAAAAUGUUUAUUUUUAUGUGUAUAUGUACGUAUGUAUGUGUGAAACAACAUAAUAGGGGACGCCAAGAAUUUAGAAACCAUAGUAAAGUUUUGAAAACAAAAAAAUUAAAAAAAGGCAAACGCUAAAAAAAUAUUACGUGGUAUAUUUGUAGGUUACAAAAACAGCAAAAAAUGCAAAAAUAAAAAGAACAAAAACAAGGAAAAACGAAACACACACAGACACAUAGACACAAAGUACUCAUUGAUCUGCCAAAUAGUUUUGAAAGAUAUUUAACGUAGGUAUUGUAUUGCAAUUAAAUAAGAAAACACAAACAAAGUUAAGAAUAAUAAUUAACAAGAACAAGAACAAGGAAUCGUUGUACACAAGGAAACGCGCCACCAAAGCAACAAUGCGAAUAAAACACGAGCAACAUUUAAUUGACAAUGCAAACAGUUUUUUGAAAUGCCGAAUUGAUUAUAGAUUUUUUAAAUGAUUUUUCGAUUUUUUACUGUUUUUACGUAACGAGAGAUAAAAUUAUUAGAAAUAAACAAGAAAACAAAAAACAACAAAAACAAUUAAGUGUUAAGAAAAAAUGUAAUUUUAGCGAAAAACCUAGACAAACCACGAGCAACAUGCUGGCAAUGUUCUCCGUUAAAUUACAACAACAAUUGUCAAAUUUAUAUAGCAUAUAGCGAUAAUGUAACACUUGACGAGAAAAAUCAGUAAAAAACAAACAAAAAAAAAAUAAAAAAUAAUAAACCAAUGUUUGUAUGUAGUAAAAAAUAUAGAUUAUUAUAAAUUUCAAGCGCACGGCAUGAAAAGCGAAAAAAAAACAAAACCAAAAUAAAAAAUAUAAAAGUCAAAAAUAUUUUAUGUGGGAUUAAAGAAAAAAAGCAAUGAAACAACAAUUAGAAAUAGAAGGGAACAACAAAGAAACACAAAUCAAAUAAAAAAUCAGUCAUAAAACUGCAGUGCUGCAAUGCGCUCGACAAAAAAAAAAUGUUUUCAAAUAAAAUUACACUCAUGUAGAAAUCAGCUCAGAAACCAGAAGUAUCAAAGACGGCAGAAUAUUAUUAACAUUGACAGAAGAAAGCAAUAGUAUAUCAUGUAUCUUUAUUGGUUGGAUGCUGCUGAACGCCCGCAACUAGUGUUCCUUCCUACACCGAUUAACCUCAAAACACCAACAACAAGACAUACAUAAUGCUCUAUGAUAUUAUAAGGAUUACAAAAAGAGUUAGAGAGCGAUUGAUAGAGGGAGAGAGAGAGAGAGAGAGAGAAAAUUGAGAAAUAGUGAGAUAGAAAGAGAGAUAGAGUGAACAAUAGAGAGAUAAUACUAGUUCCGACACGGUGAUUCUUCAAAAAUAAACUAGAACCAGACUAAUGAAAAUGGGUUUAAUUUCUAAAAGAGUUUUAUCAGCAUAAUAAUUUUGAAAACCCGUUUCUUUUUUAAAACAAUAAUUUCUUUUGCUGAAAGUAUGUUUAUCAAAAUUUAAACUUUUUGAUUACAAAAUUCAUUUGAAUUGUAGGUGUACCAAAACCGAGACUCAAUUUUCUUUGUUCAUGAUAAGGAUUAUGUAAAACUGAUCUUCAUAAAUUAUAAUUUUUCUUAAAGAUUUAGAUUGACACUUCGUAUUUAUUGCUAAACUACUUUCUAGUGCUUCAAGCUGAUUACUAUCUUUAGGAUUGUGAUUGAAAGCUUUCAAGGAUGACAAUUUUUUCUAUGUGUGAUCACAUAUAAUCCGUACAAAAUACAAUUCAUAAGAAUUCCAAAAUAAUUUAAUACAAAUAAUCAAUUUUCAUAGAAGAAUGAAAAUUUCCUAUAUAUAAUCUGAUUUUAUGGCUUUGAAUUCCGUUAAAAUGUGGAGUUUCGGUAAAAAUAAUCUGCUGAUUAAUAUUCAAAAACUUGAAAACUUUCUUUCAUGGAAAAAAAAUUUUCAUUAAAUUUUUUGAAUUCUCCUUCGCUGUUAUUUAAACGCUUAAGUAACAUGACCUACAUUUGUAUGUCCGUAUUUUAUUAUGAACCACUGUUAAUUUACAUUGACACUUGCCAAAAUGCGUGUUGUCCUUUAACUGUAACACAUACAUAUAAUCUAUAUGUCUGUAGAUUUUCGCUCUUUCAUGACCUAAAUACAUAUUGACACGAACUUCGCUGUGCAUUCACGGUGUCAAUACGUUUGUAUGUGUAUAUGUGGAAAUACGGUUAAUUGAGAAUUCAUGUAGUAAUUAAAUUCCUUAAUAAUUGUCAAUUAAGCCUUGAAAAAUCAUACAUAAUAAAUAAAAACAUGGAGCGUAUGUAUGUAUACAUUUCGACAAAAAAUACAGUUGUAACCACAUGGAAAAAUAUUUACAAAGAAUUAAAGCAAAAUCCGCAAUUUGAAGGAUUUAUUUCGUAUAAUUAAAUCUAUGAAAUAAAACAAGCAAUUCCUGAGAAUAUUCACAACUGAAGAUUUACAUACAUACAAUACUACAUCUGUGUGAAUAAAUAAUACAAUAUUACACAACAGUUGAAGGAAAAGUGAAAUUAACUCAAAGUGAAGAUAAUUCAAUUCCCCUUCAAUUUAAGCCGCGAGGUUACCAAAGUUAUUUCUAAAAUAGACAGUUAAGGCGCAUUUCUUUAAUUGAUGUAUGGAAGGCAGAUGAAGUGUAGACGAUGAGGUUAUAAAUUCCAUAGAUUUGAAAUGAAUAUAUUAUUCCCAGUCUACAACCAAUCUCAACCCAAUGUGAUGUUUUCAUUAAGUCAAAUUCAAUGUCAGUUAAACAAAAGAAAACGGUUGUCAUUUCAUUAAUUAUUGCAAGGCUUUUCAAGUAAUUUCGGACACCUGGUGCAAAACUCAAAUAUAAGCGAGUCAAUCAAAGUGGACAUUUUAAUGACAGCAUAAUCGAAAUAAUCGAUUAAAUUCAUACGGCAGUGUGAAAACAGAAGACAGUUGUUAUAACAUUAACUGACGAUUUGCUUUUGACAACUUAAUCAACUUCCGAUUUCUCUAUCUUUAAUUAAUUGAACUCAAUUGAAACGGAUUUUAUUUAACAGAAAAGAGAGGAGUAGUGGUGACAAGUACCUCAUCGACGUGAAAUAUGUUGAAUCGAGUUUUGCUUGUUCUUUUUCAAUUAGAUAAACGAUUUUUGAUAGGUUCACAAGCAAUGAGCAUAUGAAAUCUAUAGUAGGAUAAUAUAUUAAAUAUCAGACUACCUUUUAGUGGGUUAUGAGUUGAAAUCACGAAUUAAACGAAAUUCAUAGAAAGCAAUUUUAAUAGCGGUCGUUCUCAGCAGGAAAAGAAAUAAAAGCAAUAGAUCUGCAAUAGAUGAGUUAUCGAAGAAGAUGGAAAAACUGGAAUUUUAGAGCCAGUUAAGAGAGAAUAUUAACACCAUAUACCACAGGGAUUAGGUUAUUAUACAAAAUCAUGUUUAAUUUGGAAAAUCGACAAGAACUCAAUAUUUUUUCUCCUUAUAAAUACCAAAACACCACGAAAAUAACAGAAACACCAAAUCACAGUUAAAUCGAAGUUAAAUGUUGAAAAAAUAUUGAAAAUGUUGCAAAUAUACAUAUGCCACAGAUUGUAUGCUUUAUACGAUAUUUUGUGUUGCAAUUCUCAAGACGAAGGUUGAAGUGAAGCCCUUAUUACCCUUUUACACACAAGAAAACUUUAUAAGCAUGUACUUGUAUUCAUAGCACGGCCCGUUCCUGGACUAACUUUUGAUCCCACAGUAUGUAUGUACGUACGCAUGUACACGUAUUUACAUUGGUAGACUACAAGACUUAAGCAAUUGUCGCAGUGACAUUAAAAUAAUAUGUAUGUUUAUGUAUGAAGAUCGCAUUGUUUGGCUUUAUAUGUAACACAUACAAGCAAAGUUAUAAACUAAAAUAAAGCAAAUGAUAAAUGAAAAAAAUAAAUAAAUAAAAAAUUACAAAAGAAAAAAUGAAAAUGAAAUUAUAAUCGAACAAUAAUGCAAAAAAAAAGAAUGAAUAGCAAUGCCGAAAAGCAGCAGCAAAAUGCAAUGUUAACGAAGAAACAAAAAAUAGAAAAUGAGAAAAACAAAAAACGCUUUGAAUAUAUUUGUCGAAAAGGGUGUUGGUAUUUUUGAUUUUUCAAUGUAAAAUGUGUCUUAGAAAUUGCAAAGUUCGCCACUAUAGAUUGGAAAUGUAUGUAUGUACGUGUAAAAUUUAAAAUUUUUGUGAAAAAAAAACACAAGAAAAAAAACUAUUUGAUUAAACAAUUACUGUGUGGACACACCGGAAAAGCAUAGUUGUUGUAUGUCGGCGCCGGAAAACAAAAAAAAAAUUGAAAAAACUAAUUAAUUGAAAAGUCUUCGAAAAUAACUGCAAAAGUGGCAUUUAUGGAAAUAAUAUUAACGGUAAUUUGAAAAAAAAAAACUCAUUUGAAAGUAGGCGCUGAUAUAACGUUUUAACCAUAUUUACAACUGAAGUAAGCAUAAAUGUAAUUUCGAAAACUCAAAUGACCUCCGACAAUCAUCAUAUGAUAUCUCAUCGAAUGCGGAAACAAACUUUUCAUUUUAAUUUAUUUAUUAAAUAUUUUUCAUUUUUUUCUUUCUAUCAACAUAAAUUAUUUUUAUAAUUUUUUUCUUAAAAAUGUCUUUAUAAAAAUCGGAAAUAGUAAACGUGAUUGAGGUUGUCAAAAAGAACUAUGAAAUCGUAGAUUUUCCACAAGUUGAAAUGAAAUUAGGAAAAUAACACACCAACAAUUUUAAUUCUUGAAUCUAGUUGUCAUUUGUGAGAUCAGUGGCUGGAAUGAUCUUACAGUCAGUGUUAUUUCAUGCUAGUAAAGCCUAUUAUGAUUCUUAAUUUCAAAUAAACAUUUGCAAAACCUUCGGUUUGAUAUCACAACACUGACUACAACACUAACACUUCAACAUUAAUAAAUGAAGAAUUUAACUUAAUACACUUCCAGACAGCCUCGUAAUUGACUUAAUUAGUAAUACUUUUACUACAUUUAUUGUACCUAGUUUAAAUCGCGAAAUUAGCAGAGACAACUGUGGCAUUAUUUAAUUGGAAAAAGCUUUGUCGCGAAUAAAAUGUAUAAUAUUAUAACUUCUAAUACAUUUUUCAUCUUCUACAAUCAAUGACAAUUUAUUGUCAUUUUACUACCAAUUGGGCUAUUAAACACUAACUUUGACAACUAGUUAAUUGUUUCAUUUCAUUGUAAAUUUAGUACAAUCAUGUGUUAAACUGUCGAAAUAGCACUGAUGCUACUAAUUGAUUGAAUUAAUGGGCUGUCUGAAAAACGUUUUAGACUUAACAUGGAUUCUAAUUUAACAGUAUUAUGUAAUAGCCUUUUCGCACAGGAGUUAAUCGAACAAAACGGCCUUUGCUCGAUAAAAGCGCUGAUUUAGAUCGAUUUACCAUACCAAAUAAAAAUAUAUUUUUCAUAUAUUAAUUCUUAAUUGAAUACUAAUAGAGAUGAAACUCUUCGGAUUGUUGCCCACUUUGUAAAUUUGGUUAUGGUUAUUGAUAAAUAGUAAUCAGCUGUUGAAACUUUCCAACUUCUUAAGAGCAGCGAAAGAAAAUGUAUAAUAGCUGAGCGUUAAUCGUAGUGGCCGGCUAUGGGAAAGGCAAACUGAUAAUUGAGAAUAUAAUCUUCAUGCACUAAAUUUAUUUGGCUGUGCGAAAAGGUUAUAAGUCUUCAAUGAAAGUCUUCAUAUCUGAAGACUUGAAUAUUUUCAAAUAAUUUUUGUAACUCUGAAUUUUCGAAACUUUUUUUUUUUGAUUUAUCACGGUAAUUUUUUUUAUUCAAAGUUAGUAUUUUACUCUUGUUUUUUAUAGAAUGAAAUUUGGAUAUUUUUCAAUUUAAAAACUAUUUUAACUAUUUUUUUAUCAAGGAAAUUAAUAAUAUUAUUCAUAUUCAUUAAUGAAGUCUUCGAUAACAUUUACAUAUACACACGUGUAAUUGUGUAACAUAAUGUAGUUAGAUGUAUAGAAUGUACAAUACAUAAGCACAAUUAGAUUUAUGUAGACAAAGGAAAUAAAAUAAUUUGCAAAUGAAAAAAAAAAAACAAAACAAAAAACACGCUAACACAAAAACAAAGUCCAUGAAAACGUUAAAAACGCGAAAAUCAUACACACAAACACACGCAUACUUACAUGUGUGAAAGUAAAAAAAAUAUAUAUAUAUACAUAUAUGUAAAUGAAAAAAAUAAUAAUUGAAUAACAAAAAAUGCAGCGUGUUAAGAUUAUUUUUUUGAGAAAAAGCGGCUAAAUAAAAUUAACUCACGCCAAGAAAGACUAGAAAUUUUCGAAAUUUUAAAUAUUUUAAUAAUUGAUUGAAAAAUAGGUUUCUAGUAUUUUAAGCGAAAUCACGAAAUAAAAAAACUGCAAUUUCAUAUUUUUAAAAUACAAUGCACACACACACAUGCAGACACGCAUACAUACAAAUGUAUGUGUGUUUGUCGGUAUUUAUGAAUUUCACGCGUUUCCCAAAAAAGUCUUCGAGCGAACUGCAAUCGUUUAACAUUUCGAAACACAAAACCGUUAUAAGAGUUUAAGCUGGAGAUGAAGAAGAUGCAAAAGCAGAGGAGAAAAACCAUAUAAACAUAUAAAAAAUGUAGCAUAAUUAUUGCAUGUACUGUGUAUGUUUGUAUGUAAUAGCGAAAGCGUGUAGUAUGUAGGCAAAAUUGAAAUAAAAAAUUAUAUGAAUAGUAAUAAAAAAUAAAAUAAAGAAAAACAGCAACAAAAACAAUGUGUUUCGCGUUUGCAAAAUGCGCUGUUCUAGGCACAUCUAGAGAUGUAUUGUAAUUUGUAUUGUAAUUGCGUCGAUGUCUUAUUGUAUGUUAUUGUUGUAAUGUAAUGUAAUGUAAUGUAGUGUUGCGUUAUGUACACAUAACACAACGUACUAACAUAAAUGAACAGUACAUGUAGCCUGAUUAAGAAAAAUAAAACUGAAAAAUAAAUAAAGAUAAAUGUACACACCCCGCAGAAAAGAGAAA